UGUCAGUCAGUCUUUGACAAUUGCCAAUUUUGUUCAUUCCCUUAAUAUUUUUCGAAAUUUUCGAAAUUUCUCAAAUUUUCAUUUCUUUAAAGUUUUUCUUUAAAUUUAUAACAAAAUGGCAAAUUUCGGAAUUAUUUCCCGAGAAGCAAGCACUGAAGAACGCGAGCGGGACCAUCUCUGGCUCGCUGGUUCGAAGCUUCUUCAAUUUUUAUUCAACCGAAAUAUUUCCUUGGUGGAUGUCAUCCUUCUUACUGAUGUCAUUCACGCCAAUGGAGAACUGAAUGAUGAACAGUGUACAAUCAUGGAGGCAAUUCAUGGGGAGAUGGGGCUCAUCAACUUUGAACGAUUUGUUGAUAACCUCAUCCAUGCACUCACAGAUAUCCAAUUUUUCCACUCAAUUUUAACGGACGGUUACUUGAGCAACCCGAAAAUGGAUCAAGAGAGAUAUGGGAAUUAUCUUCUCAAUGGGAUGGACCAGGCUUAUCUACGGCGACAUGCAGUUGGAGAGUCGUUUCCUCUCCAUCGAGCUCUUCUCACAAUUCCAAUCCCUGAAUACACCCCUGAUGCCGCUUGGAAUACAACUGGAGCUGCCAGCAAAGAUCUCUCCCCAUUCCAGAUCGACUUUUAUGCAGCAACUAGGAAUUUCCCUACGAAAAUUAGGGCCCUCCCUACGACGACAUUUGCUGUCAAUGUGGAAGGAUAGAAUCCUAGGUACGGUUUUAACUAUGCUUAUCUAGUUCAAGCUAGUAAUUGUGUGGAAACCGAAGUGGUAAUAAUUCUUGUUAACAUCCCAGAAGAUUUUUUGCGAUCUUUCGUUCACGAAGAAAAUAUUAGAGGAAAUGAAUAUUUAAUUGUUAUGGUUGAUAGGAAAAGCGGUGUCGGCACAAUUGUAGAUCCUUCGCGACGAUCGCGUCAUUCCAUUAGACAGUAUUUGGAAUUUAUUGUCGAUACGGUAGCACGUAUUUUUAAUGAAGCAUAUUAUGUGUCAAGUGCUGGUUUCAGCACUAAUCACAUCUUCCCGAAAAUUGUACAGAGACAAUUUUCGGGGAGAUGUGUGGCACUCUGGCUAGAGAACCUAUCAUCCCAAGUUGUGUGGGAAAGGGGAUAAUUUUGGGUCUUAUCAAAUAUUAUUUUGUAAAAUUGGGAUUAGGACACACUUGGUGGGAUAGCAAUUCUCGCUAUGACGUGUAUAGGAGCAGAGAAAUGCGAUUUGUUCCAGAAUUUGUGCGUAAUGCGAUUACGGCAAGUGAACCGGAAGACAAUAUAAUGGCAAUCUUCUCUAACCUUAGUGUUAGCAAUGAGGUUGAGGUUCCUGCCCCGCUAGGGGGGAGGGUUCAAAAACAUGUCCCCCGUCCUUCACGGGCCUCUAAGAGGAAUAGAGCAAAGAAAAUUCUUGCAUUAUUGGCAUUGCGGCCAGAUCCAGCGGAAAAUUUUUAUUACGAUAGCGA